AUGAGCCAGAUAUCUAACGAAGCUUCCGCCGAUGAGAACCAAGGAGAUGAUCUAUCCCCAUUUGAACUUCUUCCUCGUGAAAUUAGGCUGAAGAUUCUGGAAUUAGUAGUAGAAGAGAUAGAGCACUUCAUUGUCUUCAAGUGGUUUUGGAGAUUGAGACGUGUGAACAAGGAGUUCUACUCCAUGUUCAGAAGCGAUUAUGCUAAACAACACUUCCUUAAGUGGCCCUGUUCAGUAUAUUUUAACGAUUGUUUCAUUGAAUAUCAAGUCAACGUGUAUAUUCAUUGGCCGAUCAGUUACACGAAGAUGCAGACGAAAUCUGUCUUAGAUCCUACUCACGAGAUACAAGUAAAAUCUGAGAAAGGUCGCCUCAUGCUGCGUACGAUAGAGCUUCCAAAAUACUUCAAAGAUAAACCGUUUGACAUUGCUUACACACGAAUCCAUACCACUUGUCCAGGAGAUGAAACUGUCCCAUCGAUUUUAAAAAUGGCAAAUCAAACUUCUGAGAAACUUUUCCUGGAAUUUACGGGACCUAGUUUCUAUACUUUUACCAUGUUUGGAGGAGUGCGACAAAGACCUGAAACUAAAAAAGAAAUAGAAGAUCUUACUACAGCUGGGAAAAUCGUUAUCAAAAUAGUGACAAUGCUUGAUAUAUAUCGAAGUAUGCCAAAUCACAGUUUCUUUUCUCUUGACUACUAG